AUGGCUGUUGCACAAGAACACUGGGCCGCUAAAUGGCACAGAUUUAAUGGACAAGUUCCUCAUGAUGCUUUUCGUGUAGGCCAUAAUGCUAUUGGUCGUGGAGACUAUGAGGGUGGUAGGCAUAUUGGUUAUAUUGAUCCACAUAGACAACGAUUGAUUAUUGGUUGGGGUGGACGUCAAGUUGAAUUACAUGAAUUCGACAUUUUAUGUGGUGAUCAUAAUCAAUUUAAGUGGCAUGCCUGGUAA